UUUUCUAAUUUUUAGUUUGAUCUAAGACGGCUGAAGAGGAUCAAAUUGUCUUCUGUUGGCAUUGAAGCGUGCAGGUUGUGCAGCUGAGCGAUCAUGUUAUCUAAGUGGCUUCUUGUAUCUCUUCUGGCUUUAAGUAUCCAGAAGAUAUCUGCAGCCAAUUACUUCGACGCAACCAAAUUCAAUGAAUUAAAAGAGUUGAACUCGCGUUUCGCACUGCCAGGAGUGACAGACGCGCUGGAAAAUAUUGCUAGCCCUUUUGCUGGUAACCGUGGUUUAAAGUGCGAGUGCGAGGAAAACCAUCGUUCGUGUUCUUGUUGUAAUACCGUCAACAUAACUAAACUCAACAUCAACCAUCAUGCCUGCACUAAGGUGUCCUUUUCCCCGGAAACUUUAUCCGCUAGUCUCAAACUUAUAGUAAACGGCAAAGAACUUUUCAGUACAGGUCUUUCUGGUGAGAACCCACCACCGUUCUGCGUGCCUAUCGCUCCGCCCUUAUCCUUCUGCGUGCGUGCCUACAAUAUUUCCAUAUCCAGAAGAAGUUUUCAUACAUGCAUUAAUCUCGAGGCACAUUUUCUGAAAUGGACGCUUUUGACUUUGAACUUCAAUUGCGUAAAGAUGGGUGCUGAUGGAAUCUCUUGGAUGAAGCCCGGAGAAUACGUUCCCGACACAGCGGUAUUGACAAUGACCGAUCCAGAAAUGAACGAACCGGAAAUAUUCGAUCAUGUGGACUUCGAGCCAGAUUCCACUGAUUUACCAACUAAUCCUUCUUUAACUCCCGAGGAAGAAAGUAACAUUGGACAGUUAAAAGUGUGAUGUUAUAAUUACGAAAUUAUAUGCAUACAAAACGUUAUGAUGCUAUAAAUGUAUUUAUUGUAAUUGUUACAGUUAAUAUAUUUUAUUUAUCGUUGUAUAAUGUAUGCAUGUAUUUAUGAUGUAAAGAUAUAAUACAUAAAAUGUAUAUUGCAAUUGUUUAAA